UGUCAGCUUUAAGCUCAAACACAGCAGCACCGAUCUAAUUCUCUUGCUACUGAAAAAGCGGUGUCCCAUCCUCCCUCGUGUGCUGGCAGCUCGGGUAACCUUUAAGGAAUGCAGAAGAUGAUGCCAGAAUUAUUUUGGGCUGAGAUUCAGAUGUUAAAAUAGCAAAAAAGGUUGCAGGGUAGAUUACGAAGGAGAACGCAGAGAGUUGUGCUGUCGACCUACAUGUAGCUCUACAGAGACACCUUGAAAAAGCAAAGUUUCCAGCAAAGGUUGUAAAAGCAGGAGUAAAAUAUCCAGACAUGCCCAGAGGCCUCAGCUGCCUGGCGAGCCCUGAGGGGGCAGACGGCAGGUAUGAGACCCCUCCAGCUUCAGAGCUCCAGAGGCUGAUGUGGACAAAGAAAGGGACCAGCAACCAUCUGGAUGAGGUUCAGCCCAGGAUCUAUAUUGGAGACAUGUAUGCAGCCAAAGACAAGAGGACACUCCAGGCACACCACAUCACCCAUGUACUUAACGCCGCUGAUGGGAAGUUCAACGUGAACACGGGGAAAAGCUUCUACAGAGACACCAAAAUCACUUAUCAUGGAGUGGAGGCUUUUGACAUGCCAACCUUCAACUUGAGUCCCUUCUUUUACCCAGCUGCCAAUUUCAUCAAGAACGCCUUGAGUUUUCCCGCAGGUAAAGUGUUCGUCCACUGCGCGAUGGGGCUCAGCCGCUCGUCCACCUUGGUCCUGGCCUAUCUGAUGAUCCAUGAGAACAUGACACUGGCGGACGCAAUUAAAGCUGUCAGCGCCAACAGAAACAUCUCACCUAAUGCUGGUUUCCUGGAGCAGCUCAGAGAGCUGGACAAACAGCUGCACUGCCAAGGAUUGUCGAGGAGCUGGAGUGUCAAUAGGCAGAUCUGAGAUAAAAUCAAUCUAUAAUAGUGGAUUACCAUGUUGCAUCCCGUCAGUAUUUAAA